AUGCGACCUGGUCUGCCUUCAGAAAAAAGGCCUUUCAAAUUAUUUGAAAGAACAUGUGAGGAAGUUAAGCAGAAGUGCCCCAUUUUAACAAGCUUUUUACAAGGGUCGUACAGGGGUAUUCCCGUGAUGCGUGAUUGGCUGAUUUUAUUUUCCGUGAAACGUGAAUUUAAUAAAUUAUUCUUCGUGAUCCGUGAUCUGAAGGUUUUGCGUGACCCGUGAAGAACUUGAAUUAUUAACCAAUAUUCGUGACUUCAUCACUAUAUUUGGCGUGAUUUUGAGAUUGAAAAUGAACAUCGAUGAAGGUGAUUUUGAGAUGCGAGUGCUCCGGAAGAAUUAUUUUAAGACUGAAAACAUCAAAUGUGACAAGAAACAGACUUCGCUUUAAUUAUAGUAAUCCAUUGUGCAAAUUCGCGUGCUUUACAUGCCUAUCUUGGAUCAGAUGUCUAUUCCUAUGCCUAUGGUCUCCUAUGUCACUGGAGGUCAAAGGACAGUGAUCCAAAACAUCGAAACACCCAAGACAUGGAGGGAACGAGUACGUAUAGUAUGAUGAGGGUCAAAUGUACUGUAUUUUACAUUGACCCAAAGUCUGUUGGCUCGCUUAAUUUUCUUGGAAAGGAACGAGUUCGCUUUCCAAUUACAGAUGAACAUUCAUCUUUGGAAGUGUUUACUAAAAAGUUCGCGGAAUUUGCCGGAUUAAAGGUAGAGGCUGAGAAACGUGGCCUCGGCUCCUGUGUUUAACUUAGAUUUUGUCGUCUCGAAAAGGGAAAAGAUGGCAGUAAGGCCUUUGCGAUAAAUACACAAGAGCAAUGGGACGAGGAGAGGCCGCUACUAUCAGGAAAUACAUCUUCAUUACUAGGUAGGAAUUUAUUUACUUCUUAUUAAACGACAUCAAGGACCGUUCUGAAAGAUACGCGCCGACUUUUCCAUAGGUUAAUAAGUAAUCAAGGUUAAAAGAAGAACAAGAGAAAACGGCGACUAUGUCAGGAUGACAAUAGUAGCACAAAGUUAACUUAGAAAUAUAUCAAGACAAGUAAACUUUAAAUACUUCAGGUAAAAUACAGCUUCAAACACGGGCGAUGCUAUUUUACUUAGCCUUUAACGAUUUUGCUAACACUCUUUCUACCCUAAGAGAAGGUUAUUAAGACGAGUACCUUACUUGUUUAUUUUCAUGAUUCGGGAAAAUGAAAUUUUGAUAGCCGUGAUCCGUGAUUCACUGUUUUUUCUGUUCGUGAACCGUGCGAGAGACCCCCCUGUACGACCCUCUUUUACGUACGUUAGUCACCGGAAGCAAGUCAGGAGACAACGACGGAAAAUACACUGAAACCUUUAAGUUUAAGAAAGCCUUGCCAGUGCUGUCAUUCAUCAGUCACAUCAGAAACCAAAGAUCUUCGUCAGACUUUCCUGUGUUGUUUAAUUUGCUGCUAAGUGCACAUGGCAGUGGAAAAUCACUCAUAUCGCUAUUAGCUUCAAUUGGGUUGUGUAGGAGCUACGAGUGGUAG